AUGGGAGAAAUCAACAUUCCCUGGAGCGCCAUCCAGAGCUUCGCGUUCAUCCUGGCCCCGAUCAUCCUCCCCCGAAUCAUAAACUUUAUUCGCUAUAUGCGAGUCCAACUAUCGACGCGGCCAAAUCCCCGACCUCUUCCGCCCGCCGCUUCCAGGGCUCUAAACGUCCUAUUCUGUUCGAUCCUCGUCUUCCUGACCCUGAGCUUCCCUUCGAACCCGUUCGCCCCGAGCCCGAGUAUAUUCGCCCUUACGCGGUCGCGGCUCACCACAUCGCUGGAAACAGUAUUUUCGCGGCUCGCGCGUCUCCGGGAUGGCGGGGUCCUCACGGAAGCGGAUACGCUGCUCCGGUCGAAGCUCGUGUCGAAGGAGGCGCGCAAGAUCUAUCUACGGUUCGGAGAGCGCGCGCUGACGGAGUGUCGGUUCUGCAAGAUUGACAACCCGAAUACCUACGCGCUGUUCUAUUACCCUGCCAACGCUAUGAUUCCUCAUCUUCUGCAUAUGGCCGUGGUGGGUAUUGCGACGUCGGCCUCGUUUGCGGGACGAGAAGCGGGCAGGUGGCGGAAUAAGUUUACAAUUGCGGGGUUGAUCCUGGCCGCUGUGGACACUUAUGUCGUGUUCAUGUAUGACCCUAUCAAGUCUGGCUCUGAGGCUGUGCGCGAUGGGAUUGAGGUGCCGUCUGCUUUGUUCCAGAGGAUGGCUGUCCUGCGGCCGCUGCUUCUGGCGUGCUUUGAUGUUGUCCUUGCCGGAUUCAUCUACGUUUCUGCUACGAAUAGGUGGUUCUUUACGCCGCCGAGUCAGGCGGAGGAGGUGGAUAAGGUUGUAGCGGCAUCGCUGGCGUCGCUCACCGGGGCGAGCUCGAAGUUGCACGCUGCGAGUGUGACGAGGAAUGCGGUCGUGCGAGAUCGGGUGCUGAAGGACCGGGAUGACGCAUAUUGGCAGACGGUCGUUGCUAUGGAUGGGGGAGGGGCUGUGGGAGGGCCGCCGGGUGUGUGGGAAGAGGAGGAGGUCGUCCGGGCGAUGUCGCGGGCGAUGGCGGGACAAGGAGGAGUCGACCUGGCAAAGCUGGGAGUCAGUGCGGCGGAAUAUGUCAACGGGGUGACGGCCGGUUUGGAGCGGGAGAGCUCAUAG